GCUAACACUGCGCCGUCUAUAUCAAACCUGCAUGCACAUCGUCCGAGCAGUUGUUAUGGAUAAAAGUGGAGAAAGAGGAGAGCGCGCGGUGAUCUGCUCGACUCAAACAGUACGUCUGCAGUCAGAUCGGUGAUGCUCCUCUGGAGGUUCUGAAGUCGGUGCGCGCUUCGACGCAUCGGUGUUGGAGUCGCCAGCAGUGCGCUUCAGCUGGACACGAGACCUGGAGGACUGGUUACAUCAUUUUCUUAAAGUUUGCAGCUUUUUCUUGCAUUUUUUAAAAAACUGUGGAUCGUCUGUUUUAAGUGCACUCGGGCUAGUUUGCAUUGGAAUUUCAUCUUUCUUUAUUCACAAGUGGGGACAGCGUGGGCAUCGGACAGACAUGUUUCCUCUCCGUGGAAGUUUAGCCCCGCGCCCGCUCUCCUAAACGCUCAUCCGUGCAUUUUAAUCAUUACACUUUAUCUGAACACUCCUGGAGGCUGAACACGAAAUGGCCAGCGCGCGGAAACCGCGGCUUUGUGUCAUGACAAAGGCAGACAGCGGGUAUGGAUUUCACUUGCACGGCGAGAAAGGAAAGACCGGACAAUUCAUCCGCAAAGUGGAGAGCGGCUCCCCUGCAGAAGCGGCGGGGCUGCACGCCGGGGACCGUGUGGUGGAAGUGAAUGGGGUCAACGUGGAGAAAGAGACACACCACCAGGUGGUACAGCGGAUCAAAGCCCUGGACAACGAGACCCGGUUGCUGGUGGUGGACCAGGAGACACAUGAAGGUCUGCGCAGCCUCCGCCUCACAGCCACAGAGGAGAUGGCCGUCCUCAUGGUCGGGCAUCCAUCCUCCUCCUCCUCCUCCCCUCCCCCAGCCUCCCCCACACCGCCCCCGUCGUCAGUCCCGUCCUCCCCCAGCAAGAAGCGGGAGAACGGCUCGGUGUCCAAGCAGCCGGUCACGCUGAGAGGCCAGGUGCAGAAGCCCACCAGGAGGUCACCGUCGAAGGCCACGAAGAAGGAGGCUCUCUCCCAGGCUGAAGCCGAGGCCGAAUCCGAGUCACGGCCCCCAGCCGCCCCGUCCGAGCUCACUCCGCGUCUGUGCCACCUGAUGCGCUCUGACGCGGGCUACGGCUUCAACCUCCACAGUGACCGAUCCAGGCCCGGACAGUACAUCCGCUCCCUGGACCCAGGAUCCACCGCGGACCACGCCGGGCUCCGGCCACAAGACCGGCUGAUAGAGGUAAAUGGCGUGAGCAUCGAGGGUAUGCGGCAUGCAGAGGUGGUGGCCUUCAUAAAGAAAGGGGGAGAUGAGACCUGGCUGUUGGUGGUGGACCCGGAAACAGACGAGCACUUCAAGAGGAGAGGGAUCGUCAGCCAUCUCAGAGACAAUGACGAUCCGUCCAUAUCCAACGGCUCCCCCAACCCUCAGAUCAACGGCAGCUCCUUCAGGUCCACACACUCCGACCUCAGCAGCCAGGGCAACAGCACACAGCUGGCGGACGAUGACGGCGGCCGGCUGAUGGACCCUUUCGCUGAGAUGGGCCUGAGUUUGAGCGCUACGGCCGCAGAAGAAAAGUUAAAGGUCCAUGCCAAAGAAAAGAAGAAGGCGCCGCAGAUGGACUGGAUGAAGAAAUAUGAGCUGUUCAGCAACUUCUGAGACCCCCCUCACGACUUCCCCAAGGACACAACAAACACCGGGAAUGUGAGCUCUCUGUCGCCCCCUGCGAGGACGAGGAAGGACCAAUAUCCCCCCCCCCCAUACAACAGAAUAUUUUUUUUCCUGGAAUUAAAUGUGACAAAAGAAAAAAGUUGUACUCUGGAUUUAACAUUUAACAGCUUAUUUUCCCUCUUGAAAGCGCGACAUGAAGAAAGUGCUUUCUGACUGCAAAAACUGUGAAUACUUUGCGAAAACCACACUGUUCAGAAGGAGGAGCGUCUUUAAAAGCAUCAUGGACAUUUACCCAAAUCCUCUCUACAUUAACCUUCCUAUUCUCCCUACGUAAGAGACUUGUAUCAAACAAAUGAGGGAGACAAUUAUUUUUAUAUUUAAAAAGUAUAAACAACUAUUUAAAAAAAAAACAGUAUCCCAUCAUCAUGGACUGCAUUUAAAGAGUUUUUAUGGACACUAUGACAUUAAUGAUUGUGGGAGUUUUGGCCCAUCAGUCAGAGGAAUUCCAAAGUUGGCAGAAGAUCACUGUGAAAGAGUUGAGACCCUCCACCUCCAGCCCUCGAGAUAAUAAUCCCCCACAAAGAGAAGGAUGUCUGCCUGCACUGGUUGUGUGUGAUGUCUCCGACAUGGAACUGUACUUUUACAUUGAGUUCAUUAACUAAUCAUCAGAUCAGCUUUAUUUAAAGAAUAGUUCAUGUCACUUGUUAUUUAGCACUCUUGAUAAUGCAUCACUAGUAACCUCUUCUCCGAAAGUCCAGCGUAACGAGAGAUGUAUUGGUGAAGAGAACAUGAAAACCUGAAGGUUGAAGAAAGGAAGGAGUUCUCAUGAUGGCGGAGGCUUGAAGUGUACAGCAGAGGGCAAACUUGCACCACAAAUAGAGGGGGACCGUAACUAAACAGAGUAGAUGUUUAUCCUGGCUGGUUUUGUUGGGGUUGUGUCCGACAACUUCUAGGUUAGGAACAGUAACUUCCACUGGUUGCCUGGCAACAGCUCAGGGCCAAGACACAGUCCUGCACAAAAUUGCGAAGCGAUUUUAACUUUUGUUUUGUUGUUGUGCGGAUUAAACAAACAGGAUACAACAUGUUCGUGAGUGAGCUUUAGAGGUGCCACGGCUAGCUGUUUGCCCCUGAGUCUCGACUUUCUGCGAAGCUAAGCUAACCAGCUGCUACAUAUUUAGCAUACAGCUAACCGGCUAUUCGUGGUCGCUUCAUAUGUAUGACGCAGACACGAGCAUGAUGGCAAUCUUCUCGUCUGACUUUCACCAAAUGGGAGCAUUUCCCCAAAAUGUCGUAGGCCUACCAUUUCGUUAAUUAAAUAUGGGCCCGGUUCCAGGAAAGAAAGCAGCAGAUAUUAUGUUGGAGUGAAAGGGUGUGAUCAACAUGAGUGAGAGGGAGUGGAGGAGAGGCUACACGGUGAGGUCAGAGAUGCUCUGGAGGAUCUACUGAAAGAGUCUGGGAGCCAGGGAGCUUACUGUGGAUUACUACACACAGGGACAGCUGUCAGACACAUAUUUGGAGCACAGUGUGUGUGUCUGUGGGGAAGGUAUACGUGUCGUAAUCCAGGCAGUGUUGAUCAAAUACAUUACAACAAGAGGGAUUGCAAGUUGGAGAGACAUUUACGUGGACAUCUUGUCUUUGUUUUGUUCCCAUAAAUUCUGCCAGCCCGAGUGUCUUGAUUCAUCUGUACGUCCGUCUGUGAGCAGUCGGGCUCACUCUGUUUGUUCUGUCGCAACAAAAAAAUCCUCUGUGUUACCAUGGCUGAUGUAUAUACAGUAUAAGUAUACAGUAUAUAUGGCAGGUUGCAUUUUUUUCAAUAAAGUGUGACAAUGGCGUUUUUGAAUACA